GUGUGUGUGUGGAUGCGUGUGUAAGCAGAGGAGGAGAAGGGGGCGCCCGUCCGCCUUUGCCUGCCCCAGCGAGCGAGACGCGGGGGAGGAGGGGGGGAGAGAAACAGAAACCCACGGAGAGAGAGAGAGGGGCAAAACCAAAGGCUCUUGCAACGAUGAGCCAGCGAAUCAAGCGCUAAAAAGAGGGGGCUCGGAGCCGGAGGAAAGAGAGAAAGAAAGAGGGGAGAGAAAAGAGAGAGAGAGAGAGAAAAGAGAAAAGAAAAAAAGCAGGAGCGGCGGCACUUUUACUUUCCUGCCCGCCCCCCGCCUUCCUUCCUUCCCUCCCCCGCGGCCGCCGGGAAGCGGGUGGAACGUUGGCGAGGGCACAUCAAAGGGAUCGAACGUCGGGGCGCACAUCCGAUCGAACGCUCGGCGCGGGCCAAACAUCCGAUCGAACGUUCGGCGCGGCCAAUCCGGGCGCCGGGACGGGGCGCGCGCGGACCCCGAACGUUCGGAGCCCGUCCUCUCCUCCCCUUUAAUCUCUUUCCCGUUCCUUCCUUCUCUCCCUCCCUCCGCUCCCGGUUCUUUCCCCCCCCCUCUUCCUCUCUUUUUUUAAAUUCCUCUUCUCCUUCCUUCCUUCCUCCCCUUCCCCCUCCCUUUCUUUUUUUGCUACAUUGUAGCCAUUUCCGUUCGCCUCUGUAUCUCUUUUUUUAUUACAUUGUUAUUAAAAAGCUGGGAGAGGGGGGGGAAGAAGCCGCCUCCGUCAGCCUUGCCACAGCCGCCGCCGGGAGAACAAUAGGAAGGGUUAGGAGAAGGGACCGGGGCGCCCAGCCCGGCUGCGCCCCGGGGAUCAACGCCACCCAGUCGUGGAUGUGACGCGGUUCCCGCACCCCGCGCCCCCCAAUUUCACCGCAAACUGAGCAGGACGGACUACGUUUGAAUCUGGGGGGAAUAUGAACCAGCAGCAGAGAAUGGCCGCAGCCGGGACCGACAAGGAGCUGAGUGACCUCUUGGAUUUCAGUAUGAUGUUUCCGCUGCCAGUAGCCAAUGGGAAAAACAGGCCUACGACACUCGCUAGCACGCAGUUCGGAGGAUCAGCAGGUUUGGACGAGCGGCCGGCCUCUGGCUCCUGGGCAGCAGGAGAUCAAAAUAACUCCACGUUUGACCAAGUCAGGCAGGGCUACGGCGAAGGCUCCCACUACGGCGAGCACAGAGAACUUCCAUCCCAUAAUAGCCUAUCUUCGUCAUCAUUCCUGGGGUCUGGGAUUGUAGGGAAAGGCACAGAAAGAGGUGCCUACCCGUUUGGAAGAGACAUGCCGGCUCUCAACCAGCCCGGCUUCCUGCCCGGUGAAAUGGGGAUUUCGAGCCCCAGCGCGUUGUCGCCGACGGGGGUGAAGGGCGGCUCGCAAUAUUACCCGUACGCCAACAACCCUCGCCGGAGAGGGGCGGACAGCAGCAUAGAUGGACAACCGAAAAAAGUCCGGAAAGUUCCUCCAGGACUCCCCUCUUCGGUAUAUCCACCCAACUCAGGUGACGACUAUAGCAGGGAACCGGCCAGCUACCCCCCCUCCAAAGCCCCCAGCACUGUCUACCCUGGAGCCUUUUACAUGCCAGAUGGACUUCACAACUCAGCGGAUUUGUGGAAUUCCUCCACCUCCAUCAGCCAGUCCAAUUAUGGGGCCAUCCUGGGAGCGUCGUCCUCCCCUAUCCCGCAGUCCGGCAACUUCAGCAGUCUUCAUCAGCACGAAAGAAUGAAUUACCCGAUGCAUUCAGGGGAAGUGAAUGGCGGGAUCCCCUCGGUCUCGGGGUUUUCCUCGGCCUCCAACCAGUACGGAGUUUCCAGCCACACGCCCCCCAUCAGCGGAACGGAGAGUGUCAUGGGUAACCGAGGAACCACGGCUGGAAGUUCAGGAGAUGCGCUUGGAAAAGCAUUGGCUUCGAUCUACUCCCCAGAUCACUCUAGCAAUAAUUUCUCUUCGAACCCAUCCACACCGGUGGGCUCCCCUCAGGGAAUAACAGGUUCUUCGCAGUGGCCCCGGGCUGGAGGACAGGGUGCCUUAUCCCCAAGCUACGAAGGGACACUUCAUACUUUGCAAAACAAGAUGGAAGACCACUUGGACGAAGCCAUCCACGUCCUCCGGAACCAUGCGGUGGGGCAGAGCAACCACAGGGACAUCCACGACUUGCUGGCAUCGGCGGCGGCGGCGGCAGCCCACGGCACCACAGUCGGCAGCCUCAGCCAAUCCUUCCCCCCCGCCUCUGUCUUGCCAAUCGCCAAUCGGCACUCAAACCUGGUGGCAGGAGGGCAUUCGGAAGACGGCCUUCCCAGCAACCCCAGUCUCCUCCACAAUCACGUCCCUCUCCCAGCCCAGCCCAGCUCGCUCCCGGACCUCAACAGAGGCCAGUCUUCGGAUGCCUUCAGCGGCUUGACGUCUGGGCUUGGCCGGGCCAGCGUCUCGUCGGGCACCAGCGAGAUCAAGCGGGAGGACAAGGAAGACGAUGAAAACACGUCGGUGGCCGACAACUCGGAGGAGGAGAAGAAGGAGCUGAAGGCAUCGCGGAACCGAACAAGGUGCUCUUUGAACAGUCAAGAUGAGGACGAGGAUGACGACCUCCUCCCCCCAGAGCAAAAAGCCGAGCGCGAGAAAGAGAGGAGGGUGGCCAAUAAUGCCCGGGAGCGCCUUCGCGUCCGCGACAUCAACGAGGCUUUUAAAGAGCUCGGGCGCAUGUGCCAACUGCACCUAAACAGCGAAAAGCCGCAGACCAAACUCCUAAUUCUACACCAGGCCGUGUCGGUUAUCCUGAAUCUGGAACAACAAGUUAGAGAACGUAACCUGAACCCAAAAGCAGCCUGCCUAAAGCGCCGCGAAGAGGAGAAAGUGUCUGGCGUUGUUGGAGACCCUCAAAUGGCACUCUCGGCAUCUCAUCCGGGUCUAGGAGAUGGACACAACCCCGUGGGGCAUAUGUAAAGAUGAAUUCUUUUAUUCGCCCUGCAAGCAGACAUCUGUAGGAAGAAGGGAAGGCUCGAUCUCCCACAUAUCCCCCCUCCUCCAUUCCCCGACAACCGCCGCGUGUCCGCACCAGAAACUGUAGUCCUGUUUUAAAUACCGAUGUGCGGUCCCUUUUUGGGGAGGGGGGGGAACAGGUGGAGAAAAGUUCAGCGUGCUAGAAGGAACUUUUCUCUCUCUCUCUUUCUUUCUCUCUCUCUCUCUCUCUAAAGGAAAGGAAAAGCAACAAGUUUUAUCGAAACAAAACAAAAAAAUCAACAGCAAAGAUUGCCUUAAGUCUAUAUUCUUGAACUUUCAGUGCAUAUCCUUCAGUUACCGAGUUUGGGGGGGGGUUGUUUGCGGGGAUGUGUAACAUUACAAAUGGCUUGUGUUCACAUAAGGCCAGCAAAAAGAAAAAAGAAAUUGUGCCUACGCAUUUUGUUUUUCUUUUCUUUCUUCUUUCUUUUUUCUUUUUUUAAAAAAGAACAUUAGUUACAAUAAUUUUUUUUAACGUAGAACAAACAUAGUAAUGCCUUUUGUGGAGGGGGGGGGGUUUUCGUUUUGGGUUGUUGUUUUUUUAGCUUCUUUUGCGUAUAUGUUUUGUAAGCAACGAAAAAAGACGUGUAAAAAAAAAAAGAACGAAGAGAUUUGUUUCCCCCCCCAUCGACCUGCUUUCUCCCCCCCCACCUCUAUCUCUUUUCUCUGCUGCUGUUUCUAUAGUUAAUGUUGCAUAUUAUUUUUUAAAAAAUUAAGAUCAACCAGAAAUAUUAAAAGUUUGUAUUAAGAGGACUGGAUGUUUGAAAACAAAACACAAAAAAAGGAAACUAAAUUCGAGGACGGAAUGGGGGGGGGACACACGGACCGUGAGAGUGUUGUUGUUUUUCCGCUACGAAAAUGUCACAAACGUGAAUUGAAAUAGGCGGGCUCAUUUGGCUAGGAACUUCCACAGCGAAGGAUGUACUCAUAUAAUCUCUGUCGAAUGUUGAAAGGGGACAGGGGGAGAGAUGGCAAAGCGAUCCGGAAAAGUUUCCUCCAUCCCGCAGGGUUCUCAAAAAGUCUUACAUUGUGCCCUUUGCUUCCAUCUUAAACCCCACAAAAAAAAAGUCAUCUGUGGUCCCCCUUUAAUGGAACGCAAAGACACUACAGGCAACAUGAAGUCCUCUUCGCGGAAGACGUGGAUCUCAAGACGGCGGGAAUCGGAGGACUUUGAAAGGCAGGAUGGAGAUGGAAGGACCAGCUCACGUUCCCACUUAAUCUUCUUCAUUUUUUUAAACAAGCACCUGAGCAAAACCGGCGUGGAACAAACAAAAGGAGGGAGGUUGGGAGCGAUUUAAAUAUAUAUAUUAAAAGAACUGCUGGAGGCAGAACGAAGAACAAAUGAGCCGCAUCGAGGAAAAGACGAGAUGGCGAGAUUUUGGGGUGGGGUGCGCGUGACGGAAGGGGGUUCUAAGCCGGAGAGGCCACACGGAGGACUUCCUACCGAAGACGGACCCGCCUUGCAUUUUGCGAGCUCGGGAGGAACUGCCGGACGGUGGGGCGGCCCCCUCGCCGGAUACUUCUGACCCCCCGCCAGCUUGCGGACAGAAAGCAACUUUGCGCCCCUCUAGAGAAGGCCGUGCCUGGGCCGCUGUUUCUGGCAAGAGGAGAUCGCCGCCGCGGUCUCGGAUUUCGGGAGGGCGCGUCGACUUGUCCUGGUAUCUCGUCCAGGCGUCGUCCUCCCAAGUUUGCCCUCUGGGGGUUGGGGGGGCAACAGGUCUUUGGAAACUCUCGCAUGGGUCGCUGCAACCUUGGAAUCGGAGGUUUCGAAUAUCCCGGAAAGUUGACUUUGGGCAAAUUCUGCUCGAAACACACACACACACACAACUCCGACAGCAGAGAAGCUGAGCGUGGCAUCCCGGGGGGGGGGGAGGGGGCGCUUGCUAGGGUGGGAACAGGGGCCCCUUUUUGCAGCGUGGGUAUCCCCCGUGCCACCCGCUGCUCGGCCCACGGUCCCCCCUUUUCCACCCGUCGCCUGGCUUGAUUCAUCUCCCCUUGCAGAUCUGAUUUCUGGCCCUGUUCCCGCUGUUGGCAAUUCUGCGCCAAACUGGAAGUUUUUUGGGGGGACGGGGGUGUUCUCUGGGGUCGGCCGAGGAUGCGGAGUAGACAGGAUAACAUUUUGCAUCUCCUCGUUCCCACCCCACCCUGACUAAAUCUCUCUUUAAAGGAGAGUCGCGACAACUUCCUUGUCCAGUGCCAGUUCAUACACCCCACCCCAGGGGAAAAAAAACACUUUCCAGUCCACUGUCUCAAAAUAAGUUCUCCUCCUCCUUCCUUUCAAAGUUGUAUUUUAUUUUAACAAUUUUGGUUCUGUUUUUAUUGUGUUUUCGUUCCGUUCAGGGAAAGGGUGGGGGGAGCUCGCCUUUUCGGUAGGGGCGUGUCUACACUACAAACUCUUAAACCAGUUUCAGACCGGUUUUAACUAUCUAAAGGAAUCCUGCCAUUUUCGUGAGGGCGCUCGGAGGCUCAGUACCUCCCUCCCUGCGUCGCGCCCCCUCCCCACUCCAUGCAACCCCCAGACGCCCUCUGCAUUUAGGUCACUAUGAUAGCUUAAAAACGGGUUUGAAACUGUCUUUCUUUCUUUCUUUCUUUCUUUCUUUCUUUCUUUCUUUCUUUCUUUCUUUCUUUCUUUCUUUCUUUCAAGUUUGUAAUAUAGAUAUGUCCCAAAUGAUCUUGGGAUAUUUAUUUUUGUUGCGGGGUUAGGAAAUGUAAGAAAGGGACAACCAGCAAAACAAAAAAACAGGAGGGGGAAAAAAAACCCCUUUUUUUGUUGUGGGUGGGAGUGUCUUAGGAGAAACAGCACCAUGGGAAAAUGUUAACUUUUUGUUUAAAAAAAGUGGUUUCACGCUCUGCAGAGAACAAAUUGUACCUUGAUUCCCGUUAAGCUAUAUUUUUUUAGGUGGGGUGGGGGAGGCUGUUUAUCCUUUUCAGCCUCUAUUAGAUUGUUUUCGGGGCUCUCUCUUUGUUGUUAUUGGGGUUUUAUAUAUAUAUAUAUAUUAAAAAAAGAUAAAAAUGGAUCCUUGCUUUUUCAUGGGGGGCGGGAGGGGUGAGUGGCCCCGAUCCAGGUACAGUUAGCUAUGACUUAAGUCUUCAUGGGAAAUGAAAGGACUCGACGAACCCCUCUCUCUUUUGCUUUCAGUGGACAAGGUGGGGGUUAAGUCAUGCCUAGCUGGUAUUUGGAUUUGGGGAGGGGGCUAUGGGGAGUUUUUCUUUUCUUUUCUUUUCUCCUUUUGCUGCCUACAUUGUAAAAUCCAGCUGUACGUAAGUGGCUGAGAAUCCUUGUUAUUAAAUCAGAUACACAUUAUAGUUUUGAAAGAUAUAUAUAUGGUAUAAAUAUAUAUAUAGGCCUAACCCCAGUUUAAGAAGAAGAAGUAGAAGGAGGAGGAAAAUGGAAAGAAAAGAGUAUUUGGUGGGUGGGGAGGGCACCACAGAAUGGAGGGGAGGGGACCCACAUUUUUGGACUGAAUCACAAAUUUCUGGGAUCGGGCGGGUGGGGGUGGGGGAGCACGGGGGUUAAAAUUGUGUUUCCGAGUGCCUCAAGAUAUGGAUUGUGUUCAUUUUUUAAAAAAAUAAUAAUAAUAAUUUUAUACAAGUGUCAAGAAAAAAAAACAGCUGGCUGGAUUAUUUGGAAUUUUUAAAUAAUCCUUAACUUUUUUAAAAGUAGAAUUUUGAGAACUGUCCUGUAUAUAACAGUAAUGUAGCAAUAAAUUUGACAUUUUAUAACAAUAUUACCUUUUUUGUCCCUCUCCCCGUAUCUGUCUCUCAGAUGUUGUAUACCUAUCAAUGAAAAAGUUGUAAUAAAGGUUCUACCUUGUACUAAAA